AUGAAGAAUCUUUCGGUUGUGCUUUUGUUCGCUUUUGUUGCCUUUGGAGGGGCUUUCUUGGGUCCUGACAUUCCGGGUGUUUUUCGUGCAGCACGAAUUGUACCCAAUGUCAUUCCCGUAGCACCCACGCGACAACUUGAGGUCAUCUACGGGACCUUCAAUCGCGUCUCACUGGGCGAGGAACUCAGCCCUGCUGCUGUGCGCAAUUCCCCGAAUGUAGUGAAGUGCAUCCUGUGUGGCAUUCGCCUCACUGGCUUCUACACCCUCGUCCUCAUUGAUCCCGAUGCUCCACGUCCUGACAACCCCUUUGAGGCGAACUUCCUGCAUCACAUGGUUGUCAAUGUGCCAGGACAUCGCUUUGGGUUUGGGCUCCACAUGGGUGAGACGGUGGCUGAGUACGUGGGUACGCAACAAUCUCAGAGCACAGCCUUUCAUCGCUACAUCUUCCUACUCUACCAACAACCCACUGGACGGAGGCUCUUCAAUGAGCCACGCAUUAAUGCCACUGAGACGGCACUACGACGCAACUUUGCCCUCGACACUUUUGUCUCCAAGUAUGGCCUCCAGCUCGUUGCUGGGAACUUCUUCCAAGCCAAUCCUGCUGCCUAA